AUGGCGGCGGCGGCGGCGGCGGUGGCGGCUGAGGGGGGCGGGGGCAGGGAGCCCCGGGGAGCUGAUGGGGUCGGACCGGGGGUCUCGGGGGAAGUGGAGGUAGUGAAGGGACAGCCGUUCGACGUGGGCCCGCGCUACACGCAGCUGCAGUAUAUCGGCGAGGGCGCGUACGGCAUGGUCAGCUCAGCUUAUGACCACGUGCGCAAGACUCGCGUGGCCAUCAAGAAGAUCAGCCCCUUCGAGCAUCAGACCUACUGCCAGCGCACGCUGCGGGAGAUCCAGAUCUUGCUGCGCUUCCGCCACGAGAAUGUCAUCGGCAUCCGAGACAUUCUGCGGGCGCCCACCCUGGAAGCCAUGAGGGAUGUCUACAUCGUGCAGGACCUGAUGGAGACAGACCUGUACAAGUUGCUCAAAAGCCAGCAGCUGAGCAAUGAUCACAUCUGCUACUUCCUCUACCAGAUCCUGCGGGGCCUCAAGUAUAUCCACUCGGCCAACGUGCUGCACCGGGACCUAAAGCCCUCCAACCUGCUCAUCAACACCACCUGCGACCUUAAGAUCUGUGAUUUUGGCCUGGCCCGGAUCGCCGACCCUGAGCAUGACCACACUGGCUUCCUGACGGAGUACGUGGCCACCCGCUGGUACCGGGCACCAGAGAUCAUGCUUAACUCCAAGGGCUACACCAAGUCCAUCGAUAUCUGGUCCGUGGGUUGCAUUCUGGCUGAGAUGCUCUCCAAUAGGCCCAUUUUCCCUGGCAAGCACUACCUGGACCAGCUCAACCACAUUCUAGGUAUCCUGGGCUCCCCAUCCCAGGAGGACCUGAACUGUAUCAUCAACAUGAAAGCCCGAAACUACCUACAGUCCCUGCCCUCCAAGACCAAGGUGGCCUGGGCCAAGCUUUUUCCCAAGUCAGACCCCAAAGCCCUUGAACUGCUGGACCGGAUGUUGACCUUUAACCCCAACAAACGGAUCACAGUGGAGGAAGCACUGGCCCACCCCUACCUGGAGCAGUACUACGACCCAACAGAUGAGCCAGUGGCUGAGGAGCCCUUCACCUUCGACAUGGAGCUGGAUGAUCUACCCAAGGAGCGGCUGAAGGAGCUCAUCUUCCAGGAGACGGCCCGUUUCCAGCCUGGGAUGCUAGAGGCCCCCUAACCUGGAGAGAUGCCCUUGCCCCUUAGGGCCUGGCCCCGUCUCCUGCCUGCCCCUCCGCUGCUGGACUGUUAGAAAAUGGACACUGUGCCCAGCCCAGCCCCGGGCAACCCAGGCCGGGGCAGAGGGCGAGCCUGGCUGCCUUCUCUUGCUUUGCUCGGGGGCUCCUGCUUCAGGCAGGCUGAGGCCCCCCUCUCUCCCUCUCCCCCUCCCCUGGGGCCUGAGGGGCUCAGGUGUCCCCAGAGCCAAUCUCCCCCUGCUGCUCUGCCUGUGUCUACCCCAGCUAUCCCAGUCUCUGGUAGUUCUGGAAUCGAAGGGCUCUGGCUGCCUCAGGACUUGCUUCAGGGGUCGGAGUGGGUGGGGGGAGGACCGAGUGGGAACCCAGGGCCAGCCCUGUCCCCACUCACCUCAUCAAAACCCCACCCCAUUUUCCCUGAAGGAACAUUCCUGAGUCUCAAGGGCUAGUAUCCCUGAGGAGCAAGGCCCAAGCCUCAGCCCCUUCCCCCCCAAAGCUGCUCCAUUUAACACCUGCUGCUUCUGUGUGGGGGCGAGUGGAAGUGGAGGUGGGGGCACCCAGAGAGCCUGGUGCCCCCUCCCACUUCCCUGUGCCUGUAUCUAAUAUAUAAAUAUAGAGAUGUGUAUAUGA